CUAAUCAUAGCCAUAAACAAUAACUACAACUUCGUUGUUGGUCACUCCUUGACGAACGAACGCUUCAACGGCAUUAUUUCCCGGCUAAAAAAACACAGCACACAAAAUAUAUUACUCAAUACAAAACAAACACACUCCUUGGUCUCUCUUCUCUCUGUACCAUUCACUCAUUCAAUUUCUCUCUCUAAGAUCUUCUUGAUCCCUUAAUUUCUCUCGUUUAACCAUUUCCUCUUACAUUUUUCUUUGAGAAUUCCAUUUUUUGGAAUUUGGGGUUAGGGUUUCCUCCUCCUUUUGUGUGUGUGUGUUUGAUUGAUUGAGAGGGAAUUUGAGAGGCUAAAGGAAGACCAGAAGCCCAAUAAUAAUUCCAUAUAUUUUGUUUAAUAGAAUCAUCAGGUCUUCUGAAGAAGAUCUGAGAGUAGGCAAAAAUGAGCGCAUCGAGGUUCAUAAAGUGUGUGACGGUGGGGGAUGGUGCCGUUGGCAAGACUUGUCUCUUGAUUUCCUACACCAGCAAUACCUUCCCCACGGAUUAUGUGCCGACUGUGUUCGACAAUUUCAGUGCAAAUGUGGUUGUCAAUGGGAGCACUGUCAAUCUAGGGUUGUGGGAUACUGCUGGACAGGAGGAUUACAAUAGGUUAAGACCUCUGAGUUACCGUGGAGCUGAUGUUUUCAUUUUGGCAUUCUCUCUCAUCAGUAAAGCCAGCUAUGAAAAUGUUUCCAAGAAGUGGAUUCCUGAGUUGAAGCAUUACGCCCCUGGUGUCCCUAUAGUGCUUGUUGGGACAAAACUUGAUCUUCGGGAUGAUAAGCAAUUCUUCAUAGACCAUCCUGGUGCUGUGCCAAUUACUACUGCUCAGGGUGAGGAACUGAGGAAAACGAUUGGCGCACCUUCCUACAUUGAAUGUAGUUCAAAAACACAGGAGAAUGUAAAAGCAGUGUUUGAUGCUGCCAUUAAAGUUGUGCUCCAGCCACCCAAGGCGAAGAAAAAGAAAGGAAAGUCUCAAAGGGCCUGCUCAAUUUUGUGAUCAAACAGUAGAGGUAGGAGGAUAUUCCUGGUCACAGUUGGCGUUGUAAUCUCUCUCCUCAUGUCUUUUUCUCUUUCCUUUUUCCAAGAGGAAGUAGGAGGUCCUUGUAUUUUCUCAGUUGAAGCUACUAGUGAUCUCUUGAAGUGUCAGGUGGCUUGAUUUCUCUGUACUGCUGUGGUUUCUGGUCUCUGAUUAUUGAGUCUCAAAAGCACCUCUAUUUUGUCCUCGCUGUUUUGAUUUGUUUUAUGUAUUAACGACUGAAAGAUCAAUUUAGGAAACAAAUUUUCUCAGCAAUGUUGUUUAGCAUUUCUUACUUAGUUGUAGCUGUUCAAUUUUGCCGAA